UUUUGUGGGUAAAUAUUCCAGAUCGAAUCCAAAACAAAACAAAACAAAACAAAAAAGAAGAGUGAGCAAAGCGAGUGGUGUGUUGGAGUAGUAGAACCCUAAUACGAGCACUGAAGUGGUGGAGUAAACAUGGAUGCCAUACGAAAGCAGCUUGAUGUGUUGAUGGGAGCAAAUCGUAACGGAGAUGUCAGAGAAGUUAAUCGCAAAUACUACGAUCGCGAUGUUUGUCGCCUCUAUCUCGUUGGCCUUUGCCCUCACGAGCUCUUUCAGCUCACGAAAAUGGAUAUGGGACCUUGCCCCAAGGUGCACUCCUUACAGCUAAGGAAAGAAUAUGAAGAAGGGAAAGCCAAGGGGACUGAUAAUUAUGAUAGGGAGUUGGAGGAUGUUAUAGAUAAACUCAUUGGUGAGUGUGAUAGGAAAAUUGGCAGGGCUCUGAAGCGCCUUGAGGACGAUGAUGCAAAAGCUGCAAUUGCAAUUUCGGUCUCUGAAGUCACUCAGACACCUGAGGUGCUUGAGUUGUCAAAACAAAUCAAAGAGAAGUUGAACGAAGCUGAUGAAUAUGAUCUUGAAGGCAAGACAGAUCUCAAGAUUCGAGCUUUGGAGGUUGUAGAGGAACUUAGAACUAAAAGAGCAGACAAGCAGUCUAUGCUUCUUUUAGAUGCCUUUAACAAAGAUAGGGCAUCUUUACCUCAACCUCUGCCAAAUCCACCACCUUUGGCACCCAUUCCGGUGGUUACUCCUGAUCCUCGAACACAGGAGAUGAUAAAUGAAAAGUUGAAGAAGGCCGAGGAUCUUGGUGAGCAAGGAAUGGUUGAUGAGGCACAAAAAGCUUUGGAAGAGGCUGAAGCGCUUAAGAAGCUUCCUGCGAGGCAGGAGCCAAUAUUGGAUUCUUCAAAGUAUACAGCUGCAGAUGUGCGGAUUACUGAUCAGAAGCUACGUGUGUGCGACAUUUGUGGAGCAUUUUUGAGUGUUUAUGACAGUGAUCGCCGUUUAGCUGAUCAUUUUGGAGGGAAACUUCAUUUAGGGUAUAUGCAGAUUCGUGAGAAGUUAGCAGAACUUCAAGAAGAAAGGAACAAGAGCCGUAAGACUGAACGGCAUGAUGACAGGAGAUCAAAAGAACGGAGUAGGGAUCGUGACAGGGAGUCGAGUAGGGACCGUGAACAUGUUGAGAGUCAUGAACGAGUGCGAGAGCGGGACUAUGAUCGCAGGAGCAGGGAUCGUGAUAGGCAUCACGAUAGAGACCGUGGAUAUGAUAGAGACCGUGACAGAGAUGCAGACCGCUCUCGCUCCUAUGAAUCAAGAAGUCGUCGGAGGUCCCGCUCAAGAUCUCAAGAGCGUUCUAGGGACUAUGAUCGUCAUAGGCGUCAUGAUCGAUACUAGCAAUUGCCAUGAAUCUUAUGGAUAUGAAUAGCCUAGGUGGUUGUUGAACCUUGUGUUGGACAAAUAAUUUUGCAAUUUCUUGUGUUGGGCUGUGUCUCCAAUGAUGGAUGUAACUUGAGAGCUUAGAUGUAGUUAAAAUUAUGGUUUGAUGUCGCUUUGCAGAUUUUUAAUCCAAUUUGUAAUCUGCUUACUUGGAGCAGUUCCUGCGAUUGUGCCUUAAAAUAGUUGUUCUUUUUGGCUAAUCAUAUGGUCCUCUUAGUUGCUUUUAGAAAAAUACCCCGUGUUUAAGGAACCAUGG